AGUAAAUACAUGCUCAAGCGAUAGAAUUAGGAGUUGUGUUAAAAACUACAAAUCCUAGACUGCGUUUUACAGCCGCGAAUGAAUUCGGUAUGGGUCAUGUAGUUGAUGGCACUUCCCUCAUGUCAGCAGUGUGCACUGCGCAGGGCUUUGUGUUCAACUACAGUACCCACACGCCACUGUAGAGCGGCUGUUAUCCGGGGAUAUCUCACCGCUGCUGUUUCUCUCCUUAGUCUAGCGCUCUCUGCUUUUUAGCGGAUUGGCACAACAGGGGUAGGAUUACUAGGAGGAAUACAAAAACAUAAGCAAAAAUGGCAGAGCUUGGAGCGGGGAGCCUGCUAACAGGAGAUCCUGCUUUUAGUUAUCAAGAGCAUGAACUAAACGAGCGUUUGAAGCGGCUGUACCCGGCCGUGAAUGAGGAAGAGACCCCCUUACCCCGAUCUUGGAGCCCCAAGGAUAAGUACAGCUACAUCGGGCUCUCACAGAAUAAUCUGCGGGUGCAUUACAAAGGCCACGGAAAAAACCACAAAGAUGCAGCAUCUGUACGGGCCACCCAUCCUAUCCCUGCCGCUUGUGGCAUCUACUACUUUGAGGUGAAGAUCGUAAGCAAAGGAAGGGAUGGGUACAUGGGAAUUGGACUGUCUGCCCAGGGGGUCAACAUGAACAGACUGCCUGGUUGGGACAAGCACUCCUAUGGUUACCAUGGUGACGAUGGACACUCCUUUUGCUCCUCAGGGACUGGCCAACCGUAUGGCCCAACCUUCACAACGGGCGACGUCAUUGGCUGCUGCGUGAACCUCAUCAAUAACACAUGCUUUUACACCAAGAAUGGGCACAGUUUAGGUGUGGCUUUCACAGAUCUGCCACCUAACCUGUACCCCACAGUAGGGCUACAGACUCCAGGAGAGAUAGUAGAUGCUAAUUUUGGCCAGCAGCCUUUUGUGUUUGACAUUGAGGACUACAUGAGCGAAUGGAGGGCCAAGAUCCACAGCAUGAUUGCCCGCUUCCCCAUCGGAGAAAGACUGGGAGACUGGCAGUCUGUUCUGCAGAAUAUGGUGUCCAGCUACCUAGUGCAUCAUGGGUAUUGUGCCACAGCAAUGGCCUUUUCCAGAGCCACAGAGACCAUGAUCCAAGAGGACCAAACCUCCAUAAAAAACAGACAGAGAAUACAGAAGCUGGUAUUGGCAGGACGUGUUGGAGAAGCCAUUGACGCAACACAACAGUUGUACCCCGGACUCCUAGAACACAACCCCAAUUUACUCUUCAUGUUGAAGUGUCGGCAAUUUGUGGAGAUGGUGAAUGGUACAGAUAGUGAGGUACGGUGCUUUAGUGUCCACUCUCCUAAAUCACAGGACAGCUAUCCUGGCUCCCCCAACCUGAGCCCACGGCACGGAGCCACCAAUGCUCACUUGCACAGCACAGGAGCAGACAGUCCCACAUGCAGUAACGGGGUCACCCCUACUAACAAAAAUAAGAGCCACAACAAAUACACAGGCGUAAGCUCCGCCUCCUCCUCUCCAUCCUCCUCUCCUUCCUCCGUCAAUUACUCAGAGUCUAACUCUACCGACUCCACCAAGUCACAGCCCCACAGUGCCACCAGCAACCAGGAGACUAGUGAUAGUGAGAUGGAAAUUGAGGCAGAACAUUACAGCAACGGCGUGACAGAAAGCUCAGCUCGCAUUAUGAAUGGCACAUAUAAACACCAGGAAAUCCUGCAGGCGGAUGACAGCAGUGUUGGCAAUGGAGUAGCAGAUGACAGCUGCAGCUCAAGACAGCUGUGUGGAGGAAACCAGGCGGCCACGGAGAGAAUGAUCCAGUUCGGCAGAGAGCUUCAGGCCCUCAGCGAGCAGCUCUGCCGCCAGUACGGCAAGAACGCCACUCACAAAAAGAUGCUGCAGGAUGCAUUCAGUCUGCUGGCGUACUCAGACCCCUGGAACUGCCCCGUGGGCCAGCAGUUGGACCCCAUGCAAAGAGAGGCGAUCUGCUCCGCUCUCAACAGUGCUAUUCUGGAGUCUCAGAAUCUGCCCAAACAGCCUCCACUCAUGCUGGCUCUGGGUCAGGCCACUGAGUGCGUGCAGCUGAUGGCCAGGGUUCGCUCUGGUUCCUGCUCCUUCGCCAGAGUCGACAACUUUUUGCACUAGCGCCAGUCCAGGUGAGAGCACCAAGGCAGUGUUCAGGACAGCUAUGAGGAGGACUUUCCAGUUGGUUGCCAUGACGAGAACACGCGUUUGAAUUGGUGUGUCGCUUGCCGUUUGCCAGAGGCAGCCGAGCAGAAUGAAUAGAAACAUGAGAAGAGAGGCUUCUUUUUAAUUUAGUAUUAUCAAAUACAAAUUGUGUGACACUAUUUAAAGAUAAUUAAUUAUUCUGUUUAUCUAGUCAUUUUUAUUUUAGUUUAUAUUUUGUCCGUUUGUUGUGCUCAUCUUGAAACAAAUCAACUUCCAAAACAAUUUUUUUUUUCAUGGGUGAAUUCAGUGCAUAGUAUUUCAAGCUUACCAUAUCAAAAAUAUACAUAAAGGUAAGUUCCUACUGAAAAUUUGAGCUACGCACUCUGGUUUUUCUCAGUCAGAGCUCAGGUAUUUAGACAGAGCUUUCUUUAGUCGGCAUAUUUGCGGACACAGGUGUCGCUUCACCAGAUCAUACUGUGGGUUUUUAAGCAGUCUAUGUACAAGCAAAAUCUAUAGGUUUUUUUAAAAUUUGGUCAACCUUAACAGCCCCUUUAUAAAUAAAAUGGACGUUGGUGUUGCGCAUACGUGAAUUAAGUGUGACCUUACAAAUUUUAAUUGGCGUAAGUGUGCGAGAGAGGGUGAGAUAAUGCAUGACUCCUAGCGUCUUUUAAGCUACUUUAGUAUCUCAGGCACCAGCACGAGUUUCAUUAGACACAAUCACACUGACGACGACGCAGACUUGUCCUUGGGUCCAAUGUAGAUGAGUUAUAUUUUCAACCAUAGACCUUUGCCCAAAAAUGGAUCUAUUUUACCUAUAUUUUACCAUCUUUAUAGCAGUGAGUAUCAUGCAAAUGUCAGCCUUCACUUUUUAAGUUUUAAGUUAGGUAUAUUGAAGUUAACAAGUGGUUUUCUGAUUUGUGUGGCUGUACCAAAUAAAAACGCAAAAUUUUUGACAAAAGAAAAUUAAGGGCAGUAGUUUGAUUACUGAGAAGCUCCACUGAAGCUUACAGACUAACUUCGUAUACAAAGUCUUUAUGUUUUAUACCCAUGUGAAUAGUGUCACUGUUGAUAGUUUUCCUGUUAGAUUAAUAACUACAAACUGACACCGUUUCAACUUGUUAUUGGUUGUUUCAUUGGCUGUUAAGUACUGUUGUUCAAGUUUCUUACCAUUGGAUGCACUGUACUUCAAUUAAUGCACAUGAUGCAUUACUGUAUCUGUCUACCUCUCCUGUUCAGUAAUGGAGGGACAGAGUAUGAACUUGCAGCGUGCAAGACAAUUGACUGACCCAGCGUUCCUGUAAAUGAACAGAAACAAACAAAUUUCUUGCUUUUUUAGCACCUAGAACAUCUCCUUAAAUUGCAAUCAUCUUUGUUGCUCCAGAACUUCACUUCGACCUCAUAUCAGUGCAAUUGUUUUGGUUUUUUCCCUCCCCGAUGUCCUUUGUAAAUGUGAUGUUAACUGGCUCGGGCACUUAACACUUUUUAUUUCCCAUUAGCAGCCUGUGUUUCUUUUUUUCUUUUUUCUUUUUUCUUUUUAUCUGAUCAUCCUUGAAGGAAAAACUAUAAAUCGAUCCCAUGUCAACCCAGCAUUUUACUUGCCAGCACGCCGCUGUGGUGUUGAAUGUAGUUUAGCCGAUUUUAUUUCCCACAUUUUUUGCUGCUGGCCAUCAUGAGAUUGUUACAUUCCCGUAUCUACACCAGCUUUUGUUCAUUUCAGUUAUACCUCAUUUACUCUUAGGACAGUGCUGUCUAGCUUGUUGUAUCAAGACAGGCGUUUUAACGGAAGGUAUGUGUAGUGCAGGUUGACCUGCAGAUCAUCUGGCUGAAGUCAGAGGUCACAGCAUCGCUGGAAGGUUGCACAUGCUCCUCAGUAGCUAAAAUAAAGUUGACCUUCCCAACUCUGGAGUUACAUAAUGAAUAUAGGCGCUAAUGCAAAGUAAAAUCACAGAUUACACUGUUUUGGAGCCCCACCAUUUGUUUUUAGCAGUGUUUAUGUGUCAGUCUGAUUGUGUGGGGCGGGAAUUUUACACAUCCUGAUCCCUAACAAUCUUGUUUUACCAUUUUACUCCGCUAAAUGGGUCAAUUUGGUUGUUAAAUGGUGGUAUCAUGUUGCAUGGGGACAUCUUGUGUAACUUUUUACUUAUGUUUGAGUUACAAAAUUGCAGUUUAUAUAGAAGCACUCUUCUACUGACAUGUACGUUGUAGAUCUUUUGUCAUGGGGCGGUUUUUUAAUGCCAAGUAUGUUUUGGAACUCAUCAUAAUCUAACCACCUAUAAUGAAUAUUGUCGUUUUAAAAUAAUCCAUCAUAGAACUUCUUAUUGGCUUUAAAUAGGGACCUACAUAAAUGAAAGGGAAGAAAGUAGCCAAAAUCUUUGUCGAUAUCUUCUUAGUCAUGUGGUGAUGUUCCUGCCUCAAAAGACAAUGGAGCAGGACGAGCGGAAUGGAGUACAGCAAGCUGUGCACAAUUUACUUCUAUUAUGAUUUGAAUUUUAUUUGAGUUUUCUUUUAGAAAUUGUGAAAUGAGUUACCCUCUACUUAGCAUGAACCUUUAAAACCUUUAAAACAACAUAAAAAAGAAAAACACUUUUAAAAAAAGAAGAAAAAAAAGAGACAUACCUAUGUACUGGAAACAUGAUAAAGAAAUAUUGUACUCAUUUAAUUUUGACAGAAUUAUUUUUAUUAAAAUACACAUCCAUGAGCAAA